CCUAUAAAUACUAACUACAGCCACUCAGCGCCAGCAGCACGUCUCACUAGGAUUGCACAAUAAACACAGGGCGCCUCGCUGGCCUGCGAGUUUAUCGAUCCUCCCCCCCCCCUCCCCCUUCUUGUAACCGGUUCCGUUUGCCAGCUGCACCUCGCUGACGGAAAAAGCAAUCCGUGGGAGAAGCCGCAGAAAGGGCGAUUCGACCAACAUGGCCCCAUCGGCUCGGCCCAGCAGCACUGGACUUGAUAUGGAAGAAGAUGAAUCCUACUACGGGAUUCACAAAGCGGACAGAAAGACCAGGAAACCUCUGGUGGAGAAGAAGAGGCGAGCUCGCAUCAAUGAGAGUCUGCAGGAGCUGCGGACUUUGCUGGCAGACACAGACUUUCAUUCCAAGAUGGAGAACGCAGAGGUGCUGGAGAUUACAGUGAAGAAGGUGGAGGACGUACUAAAGAACCGAACCCAAGAAACAGACACACUCAACCAAGAAGCAAGUGAGAGGUUUGCGGCUGGCUACAUCCAGUGCAUGCACGAGGUCCACAUGUUUGUGUCCAGCUGUCCUGGGAUAGAUUCAACGGUUGCAGCGGAGCUCCUUAACCAUCUCCUGGAGUGUAUGCCCCUGAAUGAGGACCACCUCCAGGAUGUGCUGAUGGAUCUAAUUACUGACACUUCUGGGAGUAACAGCAGCACUUGGCACGGAGGCGACGAGUCGCUCUGCACGACUCUGGCUUCACCCGGAGGAAGGAGUCCGUCCAGCAGCUCGUCCUCGGCCCUCUCCCCGGCCCCCUCCAGCGAGGACCUGUGCUCCGACCUGGACGAGACCGACAAUGAGCACAACCAGAGUUCCACUGAGGGCUUGGAGAACAGGGAGGGCCUGAGCAUGCCCACCAUGACCUACCCUCAGUCUAUGUGGAGACCCUGGUAGGGGUCUGGGGUUUGGAUGGAAUGCAGUUGGGAUAUGUUGAAGCUGCUUCCUUUGAAGACAUGACAAAGGGCCUCUUACUGAAAAGGAAAAGUCCACCCUACGGCACGUGACACUUCACAAAUCACCAUUCUGGCUGGUGUAACUUUCAUUUCUUGGCUUAUUUACGCCUGCAGAUAAAUGGCCACAUGCAUGGAUUGGUUUCUGGAUUCUACACAUUGAUGUUCAAUCAUCGAAUCUGUUCUCUAAGACACAGAGAUACAAGUUUGUCCGCUGACAACAGCCCUCUGUAUGUCCCAAUGCAGUGCAACCGCAGAUCACUUUGUGUUUUGUGUAGCAAACCUGGCUAUGGAUUUUUCCACCCUAAAUUGAAUGCUGCAGGUUUGAAUCUUUUGCUUGGCAUUUUGGGAGAUGUAGGAAUUCACUCAAUAAAGUAGAAGUAGAAAAACACUCUUAAGUGCUUUGGAUAUCAUAGAAAAAAAUGUCUUAAGAAAGGUUUUCUUUUAUCUAAUUAUAUGGGC